GUAGAACCCUGUCACUAUUUGUCCAAAAAAACUGUGUACUUGCAGUCAUGACAUGUAUUGUCGACAGGAAUGGUAGAAUACUACCCUAGAACAAGGAAUUGAUUCGAUGAUUUGGCGCCUCAUUAUUUACCUUACCCCAUUGGCCGACCCGUGCCAGUCAUCAAACGAGUGUGCAAACCCCUCAAUUCUUGUAUUCCACCUUCUCUUAUUCUUAUUUCUUUGCGCUCUUGAUCUUCUCUAUUUCUAGCUACGAUCCUUUUGUAUUUAAUACGGAGGAGAAAAAACACCGUGAGCAUCUAUUGAAAGGAAUAAAUAUAAAAGAGUUUGAAAAUAGUCGGGAAACACACUACGUUGAUCAUUCAAGAUGCCAGCCUCGUUUCAAGAAAUCCUCAAUUCCCGCCUCUUCAAAUUCAUCGUGGGCGAAAAAGUCGAUGGCCAUGCGCAGGAAUUCUUCGUGCACGAAGAGGCGAUUACUCAGCUUUCGAAACCGUUAGAGGCGUUGAUGAGAGGAGGCAUGACGGAAUCGCAAGCGGGGUGUACGGUGUGGGAUGAUGUGAGUAAGGAGACGUUUGAGAGGUUUGUGCAGUUUGCGUAUACGGGAGAUUACUCGGUGCCGGUGCCUGUGUUUCUACUGAGGGAACGAGUCAGAUCUGAGCCUGUCGAACCGUUGACUUGGGCCUCUAGGAUUAAAAUGACGGAGAGCAAGAAGAUAGUUACAGAACGGCGUUCUGCGAUACCAUCACCAGAGCCAACAACACCGGAACCAGCGGAGUCAGGGGUAAUAGUAUUAGAUCCCGUUUCGCUAAAUUGGGGAUCACAGUGCAUAAAAAAUGCAGAAUGGAGACCAAGGCGGGAAAAACUUUCUCUUACUGCUCGACGAGCUAGAUAUUCAGAUCUUACCUCGGUCAAAUUUGCAGCCGACUUCAGAAACUUAACUUUUCCACUGCUCGCCAAACGCAACAAUCAUGACCACACUUGCGAACCUAACGAUUUUUUUAAUCCAAAUGAAAGCUAUUCCAACGUAUUCAUCGGCCAUGCCGCUCUAUACAUUUUAGGAGAUUUUCGACUCAUUGAGCCGUUGAAAGCCUUAGCUCUCUACAAGCUCCACAAAAUAUUAUGUAUAUUCGAGCUCAGCGACGAAAAUAUGGAGGAUGUGAUCAAUCUCGCAAGAUACGUAUAUGCAGAGGAAGGCGGAGGGGAGGGAUCCAGUGGCGAGAUUGGCGCGUUGAGAAGUCUGGUGUGCCAUUAUAUGGCUAUGCACGCGUUCGUCUUGUCGGUUGAUGAUGGGUUUAUGGAGUUUCUGGGGGAGGGCGGACAGUUUGUGAAGGAUUUUUUUAAGUUUGAAGUGCAGAGGGUGGGUUAGUAGGUUAGGGGCUCUGUACUUAUUUUGUUGGGAAGUAUUUGUGAUCAUCUUGUGUUUUUUAUUGUGGAGUUUGAGGAGGGGAUGCACGGGAGAAAUUAUGAUAUAAUAAUUGAUAUAUGUUAAAUAAGCUUGCACUAGAUCUGGAUAUGGCAAACAUAGCAAUCUAGACAUCCAAUGUUUAUCUAUCACGCAAUCUAGAUAGACUGCGCAUAAAGAAUGGAUCAGGCAAUACCCCCCAAGAAUGCCCGCACUCUACCCUCACGGUGAAGAGCAGGUCUUCAUAAUAUGGAAUUUA